AAUCUACAGUCACUUCAAAGUCUGUGUGCAGUGCACUGUGCUAUAGAAUGAAUGCAUCAGGAGUUCUCUUCUCAUUCUAGAUUUAUGACACAAUGCCACUCGUGAGGCGUUUGCCCCUGCCUUUCCAUAAGGCCUUCAAAAACAUGUGUGAUCUAGAAGCCUCAACUUUGGCAAAGGUGACCGAGCACAAGAAGACGCGUGUCCCAGGACAGCCAAGAGACCUCAUUGACUGCUACCUCGAUGAGAUAGACAAGAGAAGGAGUGACGACUCUUCCUUUGACGAUGAGUUUCUGGUCGCCCUCCUGUUGGACCUUUUUGCUGCCGGAACCGACACCAGCUCCACGACUAUCCGGGCGGGCCUGCUGUAUCUCAUGUUGCACCAAGAUGUUCAAGCUCGGUGCCACCAGGAGAUCGACUCAGUGCUUGGGGGGAAGCAGCAGAUCUCCUACGAUGACAGGCACAGAAUGCCCUACACACAGGCCAUGAUCCACGAAACCCAGCGCUAUGCCAGCAUUGUCCCUCUCAGUGUUUUCCACGCCACCACCAAGGACACACAGCUGCUGGGCUACAGCAUUCCUAAGGACACGAUCAUCAUUCCCAACCUGAGCUCUGUGCUGCACGAGGAAGCCCAGUGGAAGUUCCCUCAUGAGUUCAACCCCUCCAACUUCCUGAACGAGGAGGGGGAGCUUGUUAAACCAGAGGCCUUCCUGCCCUUUUCCACAGGGCCGCGGGUGUGUCUGGGAGAGGGCCUCGCUCGCAUGGAGCUGUUCCUCUUCUUUGUGUCGCUGCUGCGUCGCUUCGAGUUCUUCUGGCCCAAGGACAGUGGAGAGCCGGACCUGGAGCCCCAUUUCGGGAUUGUCCAGGGGCCUAAGCCCUACAGGCUGGGGCUGAGGCUCAGGGGAAACCAGGGAGGCUGAAGAGCAGGGCCUGGUUCCCCUCACUAUGCCCUGUCCACAGGAUUGUGCAGCCUGGGGCUCCCUGUUCCUACAGGUUUGAGAACUAGUAGGGUUAGAAAUGGGAAAUCUUUCUGAAGAUAAACAUUGUAAUAAUAUAAUCAUUAAUAAAAUACAAACACUUUCAGUGGUUCGUAUGUACAGCCUAAUGCACAAGGCAGCAUAGCCUUGCUGUCUCUGGUGUCUGUACAGUGGCAGAAAUGCAAUUGGAUUCUUCAGAUUGGUCAGUACUCUGUUACUGUUAAAGGACUGUUUACCUGAUUUUGCUAGUGAAAUUACAAAACCUUCUUAUUCACAUUUAAUAAAUCUCAGAUUUACAUUUGA